UCAGUGGAAGCCCCGCUUCUCGUCAUAGCAAAAUGUUUUAUUGUUUAGGCAUUAUGUUGACUUUUUCAUUCGUAAAUAGUGCAGUGUUAAACGGAACAUGCCCAUUUGUUACACCGAGAGAAUUGGAUUUGAAAGAAUUGGAUGGUAAAUGGUAUAUAGCCGCUGUGGUCAGUGAUAUGGAGAUCCAAGGAGAUUGUGCUAUGGUGUUAUUCAACCACAAGAGUGACAACACCACGAAUGACUCAAUCAGUUGGAUUUCCAACAACACCAUUACUUAUUACAACGGUUCUGUUGAACUUACCGUUGAUAGUAAUACAACUGGGGAUUUGUUAAUGGUUACUUAUACAGAUCAGAGAACAGAAAUUUACUCAUUCCUGGAUGUGGAGUAUGAACAUUAUGCUGUAUUAUUUGCCUGCUACAACAACGAUGAUGGCAUGAGCAGUACAUAUGAACUAUGGAAGCUUACCAGAACACCACAUACGAAAGACGACGACGCUUUCAAACUGGACCGAGCAGUCGCUAACUACAGUCUACAAGACGCGCCGUUCAUUCAUUUCAAUAAUACAGAGAACUCUUGUAAAAUCAGCGGUGGGACUUAUUUGAAUCCUUCAUCAUUUAUAAUGGCAUCUGCAGCUGCGGUUUCACUAUUUCGACGUUUUUACUAAUCUGUACUUAAAGGAAAGAUUUGUAUGUAUUUAAAUAACUCAAAAACUACU